AUGGCUGAGGUAGAGGAUCUUGAUUAUAUCCGCUUGAUGUGCCAAACUGGAUUGAGACAGGAAGCGUUAGACAGAGCCCUUGGUGCCGCUCUGUCAAAGUCUCCGUUGUCUAUCAUUGAAGCUCUUCUUAACUAUGGUGCUGUUGCCUCAGGUUUUAGAGAGGCUGUCCGAGAGCGUUUGAGACAGGAAGAUACUGCUCUGGUGAGACUUCUGUUGUCCACCCCAGGUGCAAUGAGUGUUGAAGCCUGGCGAUAUUGCAUAAAACCAUACGCGGAGAGCUCGCCCGAUGCGUUGUUGCUUUGUCUUGAACAUCGUCCGGAUGUGGUUUGCGGGGCCCUACUGCUGCAAGCAUUGGACUUACAGAAUUUCUCGGCUACUGCAAUCGUACUUGCAUACGCAGGCUCAGAUGAAGAGUUCCGCGACGUUCGUCAGCAUGCAUGCAAACUGACUACACAGAUUGAGCCUCCCGAGAGAAGGCAUGAAUUCUUCAUGAUACUCAUCGAGUCUGGAUGCGUGCAAGACAGUCCCGUACUGCGUGAGGAACUCCUGAAAGAUGCGAAGCUUCGCCAAUUUUCUUUGGUAAAGGCCUUGACGGGUGCUGGCGUCAAGUUGGACGUCGAGCCGAACAACGUAAUCUCCUGGGCGAUCUCCCAAAUGGAUCUCGAGUUGUUGGAGCUGAUCAAAGACGGGAAUCUCUCCUCACCUGUUUCUCCUCUACUGAGACUGGUACCUUCUUCGACCUCUGAACAAGACUUGAUUCUUCUCUUGGACCUCCUAUCGCCUCUGGGACUCGCUGGUGAGUCGUUGCAUUGGCAUCUGGUCCGCGCUGUUGAACAACAUCAAGUUCAACUGGUAAAAAGCUUACUACUAUAUGGCGCUUCAGUCGAAUAUGAUCGUGCUUCUGCUGUACGCGCCGCUAUUAUCGGAGCGAAAUUCGACAUCCUCAAGAUCUUGCUUCGGACUGAAAUCUCAUCAAGAGCUAUUUUGGGUACCAUAAGUACUGCCAUGGACCUAGCGUCCAGACAUGAUAGAUUUCAAGCGAUGUUAGCUCUUCUGAAGAAGGGCGUUGCAGCCAGGAGACUUGCCGUUCACCUACGCACUCUCGUCGCCGAUAGAGGUGAGGUGGACCUCGAGUUGAUCGAGCUACUCCUUCGACACAAGGCGCCUGUGGACAGUGUUGACAGCCCUGGUGAGUGUUGCGUCUCAACAACCGUACGAAGAGGGGACGUUAAACUACUUCGGCUGCUGUGUGAUGCUGGACCCUGUCGUGAAAGUCUUUCUGAGGCUGUCGUGGUUGCAUUCAACACGAUAACCAUCCACCCUUAUGACGUCGUAAAAAGUAUGAUCGAGAUCCUACUGCACAAAGGGGCUUGUGGCACACCCCUCCAUGAAACCCUUCUCUGCGCUGCUCACAAAGAUGACCAACUGCAUAUCGUGCGCCUCCUGUUGAAGAACGGUGCCAAAGCAAACUACAAGUCCGGUGCUUGUUUUGCCUCUGCAAUCAAGCAUGGAAGGUCUGACCUACUGAAAAUACUGUGCCGUAGUUGUCCACCUAGUCAGAUGAGCACGGAGUCUGUUCUACCUCUCGCGAUUGAUCCUCGCUACUACAACUUACCCGAUUUGAAACUUCUUCUCAGCUCAACCUCUUCUGCUACAGUUGUCUUAAGCUCUUGGGUUCCUGACCAGCUGGAGGGUAAUCCUAACAUCGCUAGUAUCAUACCUUGCUUACUUCAGCACGGGCUUGAUGUUGAUGUGCGAGACGGCUUUCUGCUUCGAUUGGCCAUCCAAAAGAAGAAAAUCGACUUGCUUCGCACAACUCUCGAUGCCAAUCCGAGCAUCAAGAGUUUGAGGUCGGCAUUUGGCACAGCUACUGGUGCACAGAUCAAGGAUGUUGACUUGGAGGUCUUGCGACUUCUUCUUGAGAAGGCCGAGUCCUCUGAGAUAGGACAGACAGAAGCACUCACGAAGUUCACCCGACUUGCGCUGGUUGGUGAUCCGAAAGGGCUUAAACUCCUUCUACGAUACGGGGCCAAGGUUGACCACAAUGAUGGAGAUGCUCUCAUGAUAGCAGCAACUUCCGAAUCGUCCGAUGUCGUCAAGCUGUUGCUUUCCUCGAAGCCUGCCUCAUCUUUCGUGAAGCGAGUAUGCCUCCUGGUAGGAUCCACUAAGUCGAACACAACUCAGAAGGCUGACAUACUCAACUCACUUCUGAAUGCGAACGGUGGACUUUCAAUCGAGGACAUUUCGGCCCUGCUCGAAGACUGUAUUGGCCAUAGCCAUGCGAGCGUCCAGCUCCCGAAAAUACUAUUAGCACGAGGCGCAGAAAUCAAGUUUAAACCCCUCAAGGCGGCAAUGUCGAGACCGUCUCCAGAACUUAUUGUGGCUAUGAUCAGUUACAUCAAAGAUCACGAUACACUCAUCCAAUUGUUCGAUCAAGCCCGGACAACUCUUUAUACCCCUGAGAGAGCCCUUAUCAUCUAUCGAUGUCUGUUAGACAGAAGUGUCAUGCUGGGCAACCCCAUUUCACAAACGUCUUUGCAUGAUGCCCUUUUCGAGUCCAUCAGCGAAACUGGGUCAACUCGAACCAUUGUGCAACUUCUUGUCCAGAGAGGAGCAGAUCCGAACAAGAAUAAAGCUGGAUGUUUUGUCUUGGCUGCUAGAGCGGACAACGAAGGUCAAUUUCGCAUUAUAAGUAAGUAUGCAAAGCUGAAUGUGGUUCUGCCAGCACUUUUGGACAACCUUCAAGAUGAAACGCAAAUUGUGCGGUGGUUCAAAAUAUGCCUUGAGGAGAACCAUGCAGAGAUACCCGUUAACCAAGAAAAGCUACUUUUGAUUGCCUACGCAAAUUUCCAAACGGUACAAAGCUUCUAG